UCGGAGGGAACACACACGCGCACACAACCUGUUCACGUGCAACAAGUGUCAGCUGGAGCUCAUGACAGGACCCCAGCUCAUCUGAACAACCACAGCAGAGGUUGCAACACACAGCACGGGCUCACCCUGCCAUCUGUCCACCGGGGACCACCGGAGGCCCUGCGGCCCUACGUAUUUUUCUUUGAAGCAACUGAGCAGAAGAGGACCAAAACUUUUUCCUAUCUGCCUUUGUCAAUCACUAGAGGAGAUAUUUUGAGAGAAAAAUAAUGGAGGAUCACCUUACAAAGAUACCCAUGAUGCCAUCCUCUUCCCCCACCGAGUCAUCUGGCAGCGGUGGGACUGAUGACAGCAGGGGAGCCAAGAGUCCUGCACCGGGCAAAGCUCUGAGCCCAGCUCUGGUCUGCAAAGUGUGUGGAGACACCAGCAGCGGGAAACACUACGGCAUCUACGCCUGCAACGGCUGCAGCGGCUUCUUCAAGCGCAGUGUGAGGAGGAGACUCAUUUACAGGUGCCAGGCCGGUACAGGCAUGUGUCCAGUGGACAAGGCUCAUCGUAACCAGUGCCAGGCAUGUCGGCUGAAAAAGUGCCUGCAGGCAGGCAUGAAUAAGGACGCGGUUCAGAACGAGCGGCAGCCCCGCAGCACAGCUCAGGUCCGCCUGGACUCCAUCGAUGUGGACCCGGAGAAGGAGCACCUGGCCACCACACGGGAACCCACCUCCUCUUCCUCCUCCUCCUCUUCCUCAUCUUCUUCAUCAUCCUCCAAUGGUUCCGUCAUCACGUGGCCCCACAUCACCUCCUCCAUGUCCAUCACUUCCUCUGUUGCAACCCAGCGCUGCAUCAGUCCCCAGAACAACCACCGCUUUAUGGCAAGCCUCAUGACAGCUGAGACCUGUGCCAAGUUGGAGCCUGAGGAUGUUGAUGAAAACAUAGAUGUGACCAGCAAUGAACCAGAGCGGGCGUCUUCAGAGUACCACAUGGCUUUGUACCCGUCUGGUUCUGAAAAUGUAUACGAGACCUCAGCAAGGCUUCUCUUCAUGUCCGUGAAAUGGGCCAAGAACCUGCCCGUUUUCUCCAACCUGCCCUUCAGAGACCAGGUCAUCCUGCUGGAGGAAGCAUGGAGUGAACUCUUCCUCCUCUGCGCCAUCCAGUGGUCUUUGCCACUAGACAGCUGCCCACUGCUGUCUUUGCCAGACCUCUGCCCUGGCAUGCAGGGAAAAACCAGCUACACUAGCCUGGACCUGCGCCUCCUACAGGAGGUCUUCAGCCGCUUCAAGGCCCUCGCUGUUGAUCCUACCGAGUUCGCCUGCCUGAAGGCCAUUGUGCUCUUCAAGCCAGAGACUCGAGGUUUGAAAGAUCCAGAACAAGUGGAGAACCUGCAGGAUCAGUCGCAAGUCAUGCUGGGACAACACAUACGGUCACACUACCCUAGCCAACCAGCCAGGUUCGGAAAGCUGCUUCUUCUCCUUCCCUCUCUGCGCUUUGUGAAUUCUGAGCGGAUAGAGCUGCUGUUCUUCCACAGAACCAUUGGAAACACUCCCAUGGAGAAAUUGCUGUGUGACAUGUUCAAAAACUAAAAGUAUCACAGAGAAACCCAUGCAGUCAUCAGUAAUCUCCUGCUUUGGAUGGGAUGAUGACUGACAGAUAUUUGCUUUGUAUAUAUACAAGAGAUUCUGCAUGCUGUUGUUUUUUGGCCACUUUAUUGUCUUCUUUUGUCACUUCCACAUCAGUUAAUUUGACAAAGAAGAAAAUUCAGUUCAGUUUUUGUCAUAAUGCGUUUUCUUUGUAUUAUAUCAAGAGUCUCUGAUUUGAAGUCAUGGUCAUACUAGUUUUGUUGUUGUUGUUUGUUUCAAUAAAAAUACUUUGUUUGGUAAUAGUGUAAUUUGUUUGGUAAAGUGUGUGUGGCCCUGCUGACAUUAAUGU